UUAGGGCCGAGAUAGGACAUAAGUGCGAAUCGAUGACUGAACGGCGACAAGUUAGUACGUAAGUAACUCCGUAUAACUUGCCAGAACCACGGCAAGUUAGUAGAUAGAUGGCUCCUUGGUGCUGUGGAGGGGUGGAGAAAAAGGCAGCCACCAACGACACUCUAAUGGAAUCACAACAAUAUGUCAACUGCAUGGGCUGCUGGUCCAACAAAAUCUAAGGAUAGCCCAUCUGUCUUCCCUCUGCUCUUCUUUCAUUUGCUUGCCUUGGAAUUUUUUGUGAUGAGACCAAGACUCUUGCCAUCACAAGCCCCCGCGCCAUCACCCUGCAGAACAAGACCCAUCACGGAUGCAAGAGAGAGGAAGAAAGACAGUAGCAUUUACCAACAGUAUCUAGCUCGAGGAACCCAUGUGCCAGAAUGACACGACUCGAUUGGUUUGUGAGACGGAGCUCUCAAGUAAUCGUCAUCAUUCGUCGAUGGCCCGUCAUUAUUUUUAUUGUGCGUUGCGAUG